CUAUUCACAUGCGUCCGGAUAUUUUACGUAAAUCGAUUUGAAUAUCAUCCUCCACAGUACAUUGCAGUUGUCAUUUGUCAUGUGAUUUUGAUAAGUGUGAGCAACCCACAUUUCAAACAUAUGUGUCUAUAUGUUGCAGUUACAAAGAGUUCCAUGUAGCUUUUGCGAUUUGUCGCGUAUUCCUUCUGAACAGUGCAAAUUUUCUGCUGGAAAAGAUGUGUGCACAGAAAAUAGGAUCCUACGAUGUAUCACAAAAACAACGAGCAAUACUAGAAUGGAGAUACACGAGAAGAACUCAAUUACGUCACAAAUAUUUAAAAGAAGUUCUCAACCCAUCGAUGCAAGUAAUGCCCGUGGAUAAUGCAGUUCAACGACUAGUUGCAUUGAGACAUAACCAUGAUUAUGUUUCACGUGUAAAGUUUGUACCACAUUUAGUAUUUGGUUUGAUGUGGUUUGGAGCCAUAUAUUUUGGUACAAAAUUACUCGGAAAAGUGAAGGGUGAUCAAGAAUAUUUGUAUCGUACUGGUCAAGUAGCAUAUGUUGAUAGAGAAUUUAAAUUUGCAGAAUAACAUUUCUUUUUCCAAUUGUAUAUUUGUAGAUCUUAAACUUACAAUAUAUAUGUCAGCAUCUGUACAAUAAAAUAUAAAAUAAAUACUUCAUUAGUAAAUAUAAAA